AGAAGAUGCCUAUUUACUUUUGCCUUGAAUGUGCACAAAUUGUACGUAUCAACAAACACAGACGCCGGAAGGGCAUUCCAUAUUUUGGCAGUUCUUAUUAGGAACGUUGACGCAAAACGUUUCGUGCGGGUUGACUGGACGUUGACAAUAAAAGGAUGUCAUUUUCCACGGGGUCUCGCUGGUCUGUGGUAAAAUGGGGACGGAGGAAUUAGAUCGUAAAGUUCCUCUUUUAUAUAUUUAUUAACUUAUUAGGUUAUUUAUCUAAUAUUAUUUUGUUCUCCAGAUAUUCCUCCUGUUGCCGCAUUUUACCGACUGCACCAAGUUCUUCAUGUGCGCGCACGGGGAAGAGGUCCUCUUCUCCUGUCCCCCGGGACUCUACUUCGACUUCGUCAUACAGGUAUGCAACUGGCCGCAAGCCACCAAGUGUAUCCUGCGCACGCGCGACAGCGACGAGAUUGACGAUGGCUCCGGGGAAAGGUUCCUCAGCGAUAAGGCCGACUUGGCUUUUGACGGUUCUCUGAACAGCUUAACAGGUGAUGCUGCAGCGAACAAAGUGAGGCCGCUGAACAUCGAGCAGCCUGGCAAGUCGCCGCGCUUCAACACCAUGCUCAACUGCCUGAGAGCGGACGACGCGGCGCGGCUCGUGCCUUACAAAGGUGACUGCCAGCGCUACUGGCACUGCGUUGGCGGAGUCCCACAGUCAGCGUAUUGCACAGAUGGACUUUACUUCAACGAACGGACUCAACAGUGUGACUUCGAAGCUAACGUGAAAUGCGCAGUGCUGCAAGAGGACGAGCUGAAUGGAGAAUUUCUACUAGCCAAGAAGAAAUAGAACAUGAUAUAAACA